AGUAGUUGGGCCCAGUCGCAGUUGAAUGCGGGUCAGUUUAUUUAUGCCUUCGAAAGAAACGUGUGAUUCCAAUUGGAGCACAAUGAAGCCGGCAGUAGACGAGAUGUUUCCCGAAGGAGCCGGGACGUACGUGGACCUUGAAGAGGCAGGAGGCAGUACUGGACUACUAAUGGACUUGGCUGCCAAUGAGAAAGCCGUCCACCCAGACUUCUUCAAUGAUUUUGAAGAUCUAUUUGAUGAUGAUGACAUUCAGUGACAAAGGAUGGUGACCACGGUAUUUACAUGGAUGCAGAAUACAAAAAAAUAUGGACAUGAUUAUGUGCAUCAGAUUUUUCAUACGAUGUCACCAAGUUUCAGCAAUGGCUGUAAAUGCUGUAUUGUGUGCUUUCCUUCAUCUUCAGUUUCUUGUUCUAGAAAACUAAUAAAACAUCUGUUUCACACCAGUUGUUACCAAAUUUUAGAAAUCCUUCCCAUCCCAGUGUUUAAGUUGAUGCCCUACAUGCAUAAUUUUCAUGUCCAGACCAAGACCAUGUCCAACUCUGAGUUGCAGGACCUUGUGAACUUUGAAACACCUGUUGUGCAAGA